AUGUACAACAGUCACUUGUCAGCGCUAAAUUUAUUCCUAAUGCGCAAGACUUGGAAAGCUGGGGUCGGCUGGAAACCUUGUCGUCUUGACAGCUGCCGCGACGUUUGUAUCGUCAUUAAUGACGCUGCACCCUGUCCACUGCUCCAAGGUUCCGAGUUCGAUAUAGACAAGGCUGCGAAUGUCGAGUUGAAGCCGCAGGUGGUAGUGGUAGAUAGCAACGACGCGGCUAGUGUGCCUUUGGGUGAGGGCGAAGAAGGGCCGCACAUAGAUUUGACGAGAGCGCAGGCACAAGGUCUGAGUCAGCUACCUAAUUGA